UCCAGAGGCGUCUCUGUGUACCUACCCUACUUUCCAGUAACCGGUUGUAUCCAGUUGCUCCCAGUUUGCCAGCCAGGAUCUUUAGGUUGUAGUGUAGAUAGAUGCCCAAGUGCCCACAAGACGUCAUAUUUUGGUGGUGGUUGCAAAAUGUUGUUACAAGUGCAGCGGACGAGUGUUUGGCUCGGAGCCGCAGUCCUCCUGCUGGCUGCAGCCUGCGUGAGCCAGACCAACCGAUGUUUCCCUGACGAAACCCCGGAGCCGCCAAAUCCGAGGUUCCCGCAAGGAGUCGAGGACUUUGGAAUGGCCAUGUUCAAGAGUAUGGCGAGUCUGAAAGAGGGGAGCCUCUUCGUCUCUCCCUACAGUCUGUGGAGCGUGCUCACGCUCGCAUACUUCGGCUCCGAAGGGAGGACCCGUCACCAGCUCGAAGAAGCCCUCAAUCUCAGGAGUAAGACCGGGACCUUCACCAACUGGAAUGCGCUCAAGUUUCUGUUACAAGGCAAUUCUCAGACCCAGACCGUAGCAGGGGCCAAAUUCAACAGCUUGAAUAGAGCAUACUUUGCCACCAAUCUCAUCCUUCAGCGAUGCCUGACCAACAUCCUCUUCGACCUCAGGAGGGUCGAUUUCACCAGGGGCGACACAGCCAAAAACAUCAUCAACGAUGACGUCCACGUCACAACAGAAGGAAAGAUUUCGAACUUCCUAGAUUUUAUUCCGCCACAAACUCAGCUUGUGCUCAUCAAUGCCGUCUAUUUCAAGGGCCUAUGGGCCACUCCCUUCAACCCCAAAGACACUAGGCGUCAGGAAUUCUUGAUCCCCCCGGGGAAAUCAGGAGGAGUUGUUGAUAUGAUGGUUCAGACUGGCUUCUUUAAACAUGGUUAUGCCCCCUCACUGAAUGCUUCCAUAGUUGAGUUACCCUAUCAAGACACCAACACCUCCAUGUUUGUCAUCCUCCCUGAUACUCUGGACACAGACAGAGUUCUGCAACUUUUGGACAGGACUACUUUCCAGGAAGCAGUAUCACAGAUGACUAGGAAGAAGGUUGAAGUUGUGCUGCCCAGAUUUAAGUUGACCACAAGAGUUGAAAGUGAACUGAAAACGGCUCUAUCUCUGUUGGGCAUUACUGAUCUUUUUGAUGCUAGAACUGCCAACCUGACAGCCUUCAGCGCGACAGAAACCUUGUAUGCAGACAAGGCAAUUCAUGAGGCUACUGUUGAAGUAACAGAAGAGGGCACAGUAGCAGCAGCAGCAUCAGGAAUCCUCGUCACACGUUUUGGAGGCAACUUGGUGAACUUCGUCUGUAACCGGCCUUUCGUCUUCCUCAUCACAGACAAGAACACUGGAAUCACGUUGUUUGCUGGUAAACUUGUCCAUCCAGCCGAUAUUGAGACUUUAUGAAGAGUGCAGAGCUUUGUAGAUUGAAAAAGAGGGAAACUGAGUGGAUCACAUGCACUGGAUUGUCAACCAGUACACGAAUGUUAAAAAAUAUGUAGAAAAUGUUUUGCACAGCUUAGGAUUAUGGAAACCACGAGGCUGGAGAUUUUGUAGUCUAUUGAAAUUCAUAUUGUAGCAUUCCUGUGCGUAAUUUUCUUACAGACUGAAGAUGAUUUGGUAUUGUUUAUCAUGGCUGUAGACUAACGUAAUAGAAGCAGUUUUAUUUGUAAAUUUGACUGCAGUCUUAUACUGAAUUAUGUUGUGCACAGCAGUAUUGAAGUAUUUCUCUUAGGAUUUUUAAAUGUAGUUUUAAGACAGGUUUUAUCAGUUUUUUUAAAUUGCUUCCUUCUCUGACAUGUCUUGGAUUAGCCACUAAAAAUGUCAGUGUGGCUUCCUUAAUUAACGUAUGGUCCAUUUGUGUCAAGAUGUCGUUCCUGUACGGUGUACUCGAGGUUCUGUUGCCUCCUGACUUUCCAACUUCUUUUAUUCAUUUGUCCGUUACUCUUGAGAUUCUUGGAGCCACCUCUCAUGUGAAAGCAAGUGGUCUAGCAUUAACUAACUACAUACAGAGGAAGCAAGGUAUCUAUCAGGAAAUUAGAUAAAUGUAAUGUAACUUAAAAUUGACUAUUUAGGAAGGACAUUAAAAACAAUGGUGAAGAAAUAUCAGUAAUAUAAAAUGUAUAUUAUUUAUCAUGUUUCACAAGUAUAUCUUUACUUACACACAUUCUUUUAAAUUAAUUUUAUACAUUUUACUUUAAACUGUUAAAAUAAAGCUCUUAUAUAAGGCAAAAUGCAUUCCAAUAAACAGUGUAAUGAUGAGUUCCAUAA